CGGCAACCUCAGCAAAAUAAUAGUUAUAUUAAUAGGAACAUAAGAGAUUAAACCUAGAAUUCCAGACAAAGUACUUGGGAAAGUUUAUCAUUUUGAUUGGAUAAACUAGGCCUAAUCGGGUCUUGCGCCUGGGGCGAAAUGUGAAAUGGUCACAAACCAAGGGAACCUGCACGCUGGGUUCUUCUGCUCUCCUGCACUACUCGCAACCGCCAUUUCAGAAGACACCGGCCAAAGUUCAUCGAACUAAACACUUCCAAGCAACGAUUAUUUACCUCUCUCUCCAUCUUUCAACAGUCCCCCUCUUCCCGUACACCGUUCAUCAUGAACCCUGAAUACGAUUAUCUUUUCAAGCUCCUUCUUAUCGGUGAUUCCGGUGUCGGAAAAUCUUGCUUGCUACUUCGAUUUGCGGACGACACCUACACAGAAAGCUAUAUUUCCACUAUUGGAGUGGACUUCAAAAUUCGGACAAUCGAACUCGAUGGCAAGACAGUGAAGCUUCAAAUUUGGGACACUGCGGGCCAGGAGCGGUUCCGCACCAUUACGUCGUCUUACUACCGAGGUGCUCAUGGCAUCUGCGUCGUCUAUGAUGUUACUGACAUGGACUCGUUCAACAAUGUGAAGCAGUGGCUUCAGGAGAUUGAUCGCUACGCCACUGAGGGUGUCAACAAGCUGCUUGUGGGUAACAAGAGCGAUAUGGAGGAUAAAAAAGUCGUAGAGUACACAGUGGCAAAGGAGUUCGCCGAUAGCCUUGGUAUCCCAUUCCUAGAGACUUCUGCUAAAAAUGCCUCCAACGUUGAACAGGCCUUCUUGACAAUGGCAAGACAGAUCAAGGAGCGUAUGGGUACCGCCACCGUCAACAACAAGCCAACUGUACAGGUUGGUCAAGGUCAGGGCGUCCAGUCCGGGUCCGCCGGUGGUUGCUGCUAGAUAGACCGAUUGAGUCGUGCUGUAUAGUGCUACUUUAGCCACCUCGGUACGGAGUAGGGAGGUGGGUUUGCCAACUGCGCCUUGGUACUAAACAGUUCUAUCUGGAAUCUGACACGGCGCGGACGGCACAGCGAAAUUUUCUAUUUUCAAGCUCGGGAUGAUUAUUGGGAAUCAUUUAUGAUUCUUCACCUCGCUUUAGACGGCCUGCGAUUGUCUUUAUAUGUGCUCAUAUUGCCGGUACCCUUGUUUG